GAGUGAGAGUGAGCUGAGAAGCUAAAUGAGGUGGAGGGGACCAAAGUAAGGGUCUGAAAGAUGGAAGAACUGAAGCUACUGAGGGAGCUUAGGUGAUUAAGUCUCAUUUUGAAGAUUUAGGCUGAAUUAUUGAGGUGACUAAGGUGCUGAGGGGCACUGAAGGCCUGAAAGUGGGACUCAGGGACUGACCGCGAACCGAGGUUUUGAGGGAGAUGGUGGAGUCUCCCCGAGAGGCUCACGGCGCAGGUAGCCGCGGUGUCCGGCCGCCGAGAGGGAGCCGCACUGAGCAGCAGGGGACCCUCGCCGUCCUGGCCGGGCUCGGCCCCUACCCUCUGUCUCCCUCCUUCCAGCGGGGGCGCCCGCCCCUCCCCUCUCCGGAGCCGAAGCCAGAGCCCGAGCCCGAGCCGUCAGCGCAGCGAAACGAGCAGCGCCAGCCCAGUGGGGCUAGCUGGGGCCGCAGCUGCUGUCCGCGGUUCUGAAAUGAAGGCGGCGGCGCGCCAUCGGCCCUGAGUCCCAGAGCAGGCGGCGGGGAGGACGGAGGGAGGAGCCGCCAUGCGGGCGGCCCGGCCGGCGGACGCCUCCCUGCUCUACAUCCCCGCCACGCUUCUGCUCUGCCUCAGCUCCGCCAGCCUGUGCCUGGUGGAGGCGGACAGUCCCUCUGCCCCAGUCAAUGUCACUGUCAAACAACUGACAGCCAAUUCAGCUAUGGUGAGCUGGGAUGUGUUGGACGACGAGGUGGUCAUUGGGUUUGCAAUUUCCCAGCAGAAGAAAGAUGUUCGGAUGCUGAGAUUUAUACAGGAGGUGAACACCUCUACGCGUUCAUGCGCCCUGUGGGACCUGGAAGAGGACACAGAGUACAUUGUUCACGUGCAGGCCAUCUCUAUCCAGGGCCAGAGUCCUGCCAGUGAGCCUGUCACCUUCAAGACCCCUCGAGAGGCUGAGAAGUUAGCCUCCAAAAACAAAGAUGAGGUGACUAUGAAGGAGAUGGGAAUGAAAAGCCAGCAGCUUCGGACAGGCGAGGUGCUCAUCAUCGUGGUGGUCCUGUUCAUGUGGGCAGGUGUCAUUGCCCUAUUCUGUCGCCAGUAUGACAUCAUUAAGGACAACGAACCCAACAACAAGGAAAAAGCCAAGAGCGCCUCGGAGAACAGCACCCCAGAGCACCAGGAGGGGGACUCCUUCGCAGCAAGAUAUGAAACCCUGCUCAGCCGGGCUUUGAGCACCUGGGAAGAACAGAACUAGAGAUCGUUGUUCUGACGAUGGUCAUUCAGCUCCUGGUCUUCUCCAUCUCCUCCUCUCUACACUAUCGGCCUUCUCACCUCCCUACUCCUAGAACGGGGUUUCUUCUUCUCAGUCCCUGCUCCUACUUUCCAAUGUGCUUAACCCCGAGGAGCAGCAUCCUCCUGCCUCUCUGUCUCUGUCUCUUCUCUCCUUCCCUCUCUAUUUCUGUCUCUCUCUCUAUCUAUCUCUGUCUCUGUCUCUCUGUCUCUCUCUGUGUGUCUCUCUGUCUCUUUCUCUCCUUUCCUCUCUAUUUCUGUCUCUCUGUCUCAGUCUCUAUCUCUUUGUCUCUUUCUCUCCUUCCCUAUUUCUGUCUCUGUCUCUCUCUCUUUCCAGACUCCUCACUAGCUCCCAAAAUAUUCUCAGUAGAUGUGGUUGUCAUGGAACACUGAGAAGGGGUCCCUGAGCUCCAACACACCAAGGAUCAAUGGAAAGAACUGUAGUGAGGGGUGAUAUAUGUCCCUGGGCACCCAAGAAGUUGGGUGAAGCUAUAGCCCAAACAGGCAGCUGGGAAACAGUCAGGAGACUCCAGCAUAUUCACUGCCUGGAGGGACUGGCUGGUUCCCAGCUUUUCGGUCCCAGAGGGCCAGGCUUCCAUAGCCUGUUCCAACUCCCCCCAUCGGUAUACCACCUCUGACUUCUCACCAGCUCAAAGCCUACUCAUUAGGCGUUGGCAAUUCCUCUCAUUUCUCUCCCAAUCUAAGCCCUUAUGACCAUCACUGAAGUGUGACUCCCUCUCUGCAGGGAGACAACCAACACUUCUCUUUCCUUUUGCUGUUGUUUCUACCUCCCCGUCCCCCACUCCACAAAGCCCCGGGAGCAGGGACAGGGAGGGCUGUUCUGUUGCUUGGGAGAGCACUCAGCUGGCUGCAUGCUCCACUUCUGCCUUCCUCAUCCUCUACUGGAAAAGGCAACUAAACUUAAAAAAUUCCAAAUCCUGAGAAAAGCAAACAAAUCCAGAACCCAGCCUGAUCACCAGCUCUUAGCAUUUCCUGUGUGAAACCACAGCACCUUUUACACGGUGCCCAUAGAAGCCAAUCUUUGUUUUCGCCUUUUCUUCUCUCCCUGACCACUUCCCCUUUUUGGAAAAUGCACAAUGUUUUCAGUCUUUCUGCAUCCACGCCUGCUAGACUGAAAGCACCUAGAAUCUAGCCAAGCCAUGUCCUUCAAAUAACUUGACGGGGAAGGGGUAGGGCUCCUAAGCUGGCAGUGAUGCUGCUGCCCCCCUGCUUCUUCCCACCCAGCCAUUAGUGACUCUGGUUGGUUUGAGUGUGACGCACAAUCUCCGAAGUGAUGUGUAGGACACUCUUAGACUCUGUUCCAGUGAGUCUGGGGAUGCCCCCAUGGGACCUCAUCCAUUUCUCAUCAUUCAUUUUCCUAUCUGUUUUCCUCAAUUUGGCUCCUUGUGUCUAAUAUGAGAUGAUGGAAGGGAGGUCAGAAUCCUUUUCGGAAGACCUUAAGCAGCGAAGGGAAAGGAGGUUCUGACCCUCUCUCUGAUAGAGUUCUGUCAGUGAUGGAUCUAACAAGUGCCCCCAUUAUCUGUUCACAUCUUACACCGGGGUGGUUAUGGGAGCUUCCUGGCAUUAAGCUGAUCCUGCUGCAAGAAGGCUGGCAAAGCUGAUAAAUUCAGCAGCUGCUUGAGCACCAAGACAAGCAGGGCAGGGCAAGCCUGGCCACCUUCUCGCUUCGGGACAUUUCUUCAGUUCGCCAUCUCACCCACAUCUCAAAAUGUCAACAGAGCCCCAGUAUUCUGCUCUGGAUCCUGAGGGGAGCUGGGCUAGGAAAGAUCUCCCUACUGCCUCUUUCUAGUGAGGAGGGAUGCUUAAGAAGAGUCUGAUAAUGGGGGGAGAAGCAUCAGAAAGCAAUAUUAAAAAGCCUCAUCUUCCCAGAUCGUGAAGGAUCAUGACGUGAAGAAAGACUGGUCCCCAUAUCUCCUGCUAGAGAAUGAGUAUGGGACCCUGAAAUCCAGGAAAGAACAUCGGCACCCAGGCCAUAGCUGCUGCUCACAGUGACAGUUCCACCUGCCAUCCCACCCCCAUCCCCAGGCUCCCACUAGCCAAGGUCAGCCACCACUUCAUUUUCCCAUUCACUUUCAAAUGGUGACCAGGGGAGGUGGAAAUGGAGUGAAAGGCUGAGCUCCUCCACAUCAAGGGCUUCCCUAUUGCACCAAGAGAGGAGCCUCUCCACCUCGCUCAUCUUGUGAUUUUCAUCCUAGCUGAAUGGGGCUUCCAGCCAAGGCUCCUUAGGGAAGAGGUCUUUACCUCCCAUACUGUUAGAGCAAUAACCAAUUUUUAAUGUAAAAUAAAAAGGAAAAUGAAAAGGCA